AUGGGUCAUAGAGUGGAUCAUGAGUAUGACUAUCUGUUUAAGAUCGUGCUGAUCGGGGACUCUGGUGUUGGCAAAUCCAAUAUUCUUUCCAGGUUUACCAGAAAUGAAUUCUGCUUGGAAUCCAAAUCCACCAUAGGUGUUGAGUUUGCCACCAGAACUCUCCAAGUGGAUGGGAAGACAGUAAAGGCACAGAUUUGGGAUACAGCUGGUCAGGAGCGGUAUCGAGCUAUCACUAGUGCUUAUUAUAGAGGAGCUGUUGGUGCUCUUCUUGUUUAUGACAUAACCAAGAGGCAAACUUUCGACAAUGUCCAGAGGUGGCUUCGUGAAUUAAGAGACCAUGCAGACUCUAACAUUGUCAUCAUGAUGGCGGGAAACAAGUCUGACUUGAAACAUCUCAGGGCUGUUCAAGAGGAGGAUGGUCAUGCCCUGGCUGAGAAGGAAGGUCUCUCAUUUCUUGAGACAUCAGCGCUAGAAGCCACCAAUAUUGAGAAGGCGUUCCAAACCAUAUUGACAGAGAUCUACCAUAUCAUUAGCAAGAAAGCACUGGCCGCCCAGGAAGUAGCUGCCAAUUCCACAGUUCCUGGUCAAGGAACCACUAUCAAUGUUGCCGAUGCCUCGGGGAACACAAGCAAAGGUUGCUGUUCCACUUAAAGCCACACUUGAGGAGAGCAAUAAUUUUUUUUCUUUUUGGAUUUUUGGCUGAGAGAGGGAGAAGACAUGUAAAUUACUCUUGACCUGGUAAACGGGUAUUUGUUAGAAGUUUCAGGAUGGAUUAUUAUUUCGUGUUUAUUUCUUGUAUUUUACCCUUAAAACUGGUAAACGGGUAUUUGUUAGAAGCGUGGAACUGACUGAUUGCAGGGAUGUAGAGUGUACUGGAAGAAACAGUGGUAUGGAACCAUAUAAUGAGCAAGUAUAUUACGAUCAGUUUGCUA